GUAGAAACAGCCCCACCCACAAAAAGGAAUGACCCGCCCAACUUUGGACUUUGACGCAGCCCCCCCGAGCCGGUCGUAAAACUCCCUCCCUCUUGUUGUUCCGUUCGAUUACCCGCGACGCCCAACAUCGACAUCGACAUCGACACAUUGGCGCAUUAUCCCCCGACAUCGCGUUCCCAUCGAUUGACGAGGCGCAUCAUCACGGCCACUUUGAAAAUUAGCCACCCGUUGCCGUCCUUACCUUUUUCGCCUCGAUUUUGACCGGAGCGCCUUACGCGACGCCAUCAAAGCUCAGAGAAUCAGAAGAAGAUGGGUCUCCGAUUGUACCAAGCGCCGGUCGAGUCGGACAUCCAAUCCAAGCCUGCCGCUGAAAAAAGUUCGGCAGAAGCGCGCUCGACCAUUCGCCGGCACCGUCUUGUCCGGGGAUACGACAGCACGCGCGACCACGCACGGGAACAGGUCCGCGAGCGCCGCCGCCGCGUUCUCGAGGAUGCCAUCUGGGAACCCCGCCGAUCACCCACCCUGGAGCCGCCUCCCGUUCCUGCUGUUGCGCAUAUAGCAGCAGUUCCAGUUGCAGGGGGCAACCCCAACCGUCGCCGCCUUGUCAAUGACACCCAUUGGGAUCCUGAGCAACCACGGCGCCGGUCACCCGCUCUAGAGCCACCCACCGAUGCUGCUUCCAGAUAUGGCCGUCGUCGCGCCUACGUAGGGCUCGAUGACCGAGUCAUCACCAUGUUUGGUGAGCGCUGGGCUCACCUGCACGCCGGCUCGAAUCCGAGUCUAACACAAACCGAUGACGACAAUUCCCCCAUCUUACCUCGGCCAACCGAUUCGCAGUUAGCUGCACAGGAUGCCUACAGCAACUUUCAACGCCGCGAUCGUUACAUGUCUCGUAUGGAACCGCUUCCCAUGGUGUCGAGCCUCCGGAGUACCCAGGCACCCAAUCAUCCGUCGCGGAGCUCCACUACAUCCCCGGCGGGAGCUGCUCCUCCCUUCAGUAGACCAGCUUCGAACACACGGGGCGAAUCGUACAUUUUUGGUGAUGAAACCUCAAAUCCUUACACAGCCGGCCGUCGAUGGGUUGAGUCCCGUCGGCAGGAACGGGCUCAGCGCAGCGGGUCAACCCUUCUUGUUCCCCCGGCUGUUGGCCAUGGUGCGGCGGGCAUUGAUGGCCUCGGUGACCGUAGCAGAAGUCUUAGUCCCGAUGGCGACAAUGCAUGGGAGACGCUGUUGACCACGAUUGCUCCGGAUCCGCAGCCCCCGAGCGUCGGCUCUUCCUUUGCUUCUGCUACAGCAUCGGCGGCUGCGACACAGAGCACCGUUGCUGCCUCUUCCAGGACCUCUUUCACCAACCCCCAGACCGUCGAGGUGGAGCUCGCGUCAGGAUGCGACAAUUCCGACACAGACGAAGACGAGCUCGAGGAUGAUAUUAGAAAUUUUAUCCUUCCCCGCGCUCGUAGCACCGGACGGUCAUGGGCAGACGUUGCCGGGCGUAGCGGCAGCAGCAGCGACGACCCCUCGGUCUUUGGUGGAGUUGAGGUGAUGCAGCGGCUCGUCCGCAGCCUUGCUCAACGUGAGGAUAUUCCAGACGACUGGUGGGCAGAGGUGGGACUGAGCAGGACUUUGUCCCGCGAGGCCUCGGCCAACUGA